AUGAGAGUUAUGGACUUCAACCUGGUAAAUUAAAUUCAGCUGUAUACAGUAGAACACUGUUAUUUUUAACUGAAAAAAUCAAACUUAUAUUUACCCUGACUCAAUUGUAAGUUGAUUUUAAAGUGGAAGCGUGGACCUCCCUAGAAUUUUUUUUUUUCCAUUGAAAGGUUUUGAUCAGUCUACAGGUAUGGUUUUAGAUUUUACAGUCAACCCUUGUCAUUGUAGACACCUAAAGACUUUGAGUUCCUGGGGGGCAUAUAGAUCGUUUUCACUGUCAUGCAACAAAAAAAUAAAUUGGAAACCGUCCAGCAGAAGAAGACAAGAAAAUGAAAUGUUAUAAAAGACUAAUUUAUAAACAAUUUUUCCAAGUCUGAGGUCUUUGUGGUCCACAGUUUCUGAGUUAUUUGCCGAAACGUUUCAGUCAACUUUUUAGAGCGUUGUAGGGAGACGCCAUAUUGGUGUGCUGUUUAGGUGCACCAAUAUGGCUGCUGGAAAUCAAUAAAAACAUAAUUGUUGUUCAUUUUUUCACUCGAGAACUAGCAUACGUGUGCAUAGACAUACCUUCUAAUACUUGAAAUGGUUAUACAGUCAACUCUCUCUAAGACGGACACCUUUGGGGCCAGCACUAAGUGUCCGUCUUAGAGAGAUGUCCAACUUAUAGACAGUCAAAUAAAGGGAGAAAAGAAUGGCAGGGACCAACUCUAGGUGUCCGUUUUAUGGAGUUGUCCGUCUUAUAAAGGUGUCCAUUAAAUGAGAGUCGAUUGUACUGCUGAAAAUCAAGAUGAGAGACUUCUUUCAACGAGACAUUUCUAUUUUGGUGUCAUGCACAGUGAAAACUUGGAAGUUUCAGUAUUUUCGAAAUGAAACAUGCUACAGGAAUGGAAAGUUGUGCAAAGAUUUUUUUUGUUUGUCUUCAACCUAGUGUUAAUAAGAAUUCAUAAAACCUCGCUAUUUUGACUUAACAAUUUGAUGACAUCACUGUGAAAACCAUCUAUAGAUACAUGUAUCAGAGAGUCUGGUUCUAGAAUAGGGUAUCAUUUUAGGCCUUUUUUAUGGAGGAAAGUUGUCCCAAGUAGAAUGGUCACCCUCUCAGCAGGGCUUCUGAGCCACAAAGUUUCGGUAAAUCCUUAAAAUACGGCAAAAUUCUGUAGAAAUCUUAUCAAAUACAUGUCUGUUCAACAUCUCAGCCAUUGGGGCUGUGUACUAGCUGUAAACGUGCAAAUUUAUCUUGAAACCUCAUCACUGAAAUGAGCAAACAAUGUCCAAAAACUACCAGGCGUAGAUUAUGUUGCAGAAAACUGGGCACUAGCCAUGAUGUUGAAAGACCAAACUAUGACCUCUGUAAAGAAAACAUUAAAAACACUGGUCUAGUCAGCGCAAAAACAAUUGAUUUUCUAGAGAAAUCUGCCCUGAAAAUUCCCAUGAAAUUGGCUUUUUUUAAAAAUUGUUUUUCAGUGAAGUUUGUGACAUAAAUUCGCGCAAAAUUCCCCUGAAAUCGAGAGGUGUUUUUACAAAUUUGUCCCUGAAAAUCCUGUGAAAUUUGACAUUUUUUUCCGUGACCUACAUGUAUAAGAAGCCCUGUCUCAGCUGAAUCAUUGAAUUUUAACAGGUCAAAACUAUAGCGCUUGUCCUUUCUCUGAUUGCCUAAAACAGCAUUCUAAAACUGUUUAUAAAAUAACUAAGAUAGUACGCGCGCUCUGAUUGGCCGAGAGAAGUGUUUGCAUGAGAGUAUGUAAACAUGGUUGUGGCGUCAAGUUGUUUGGGUUUUCACGCGCUAAUCACGCAAGCAUGAAUUUGAAAAAGUUUUCGAGUUCAAAACUCUUAAAGUUUACUUUAUUUACCCAUUCUUUCGUUGGCUGAAACAUGGAAAAUCGUUACAAAGAAGGUCAGUCAAUUUUUCUUCGCUUAAGCUGACAUUUAAAGCGUCAAAAAAUCCAUAUUUUGCAAAGCAUCUUUUUGCAAAACAAGAGCUGAUUACGCGUGCAAGACUUCGUGGACAAGAUUUUGCGACUAGUAAGAAUUUCUCCUUUAAUCAGUGCCAUACAAAGAGUUUUGCGUUUUUUUUGUCUGGAAAGUUAUUUUAUAAAGGCAAUAGAAAACUUUUUUCCUGUGUUUGCGUAGCCUGAUAUAAACACUCGAGGCGUCGGGAGAAUUCUCGACAGUUAUUCAAACCCUCGACUUCGUCUCCGGUUUGCAUAACUGUCUCGAAUUCUCCCAACCCCUCUCGUGUUUAUAUCAGGCUAUGCAAACACGGAAAACGUUUUCUAUUGCUUAAACAGUUAUUGUACAUGCUAUGAUUGUCUCACCUUGGUUGAGUUGACCCAGCCCUGCAAGCCUACACUGUAAGUGUUUAUUUGAUUUCAGGUUACAUUUUUUUAACCUAGGUUGAUUCUCAGUUUCCUUUGUCUGCUAGCCCUAUUGUUCAUGAAUUAGACAAAGGAAUUGAGAAUCGACCAUUUUAAUCAAAAUUAACCUGAAAUCAAUUUAAUUUUUUGUGUAACAUUUAUAUUAAGAAAAGUUGGCCCAGCUGGGAGGUUGACCCUACAAUCACUAAAAGGUGACCUGGCUUUACAGUAAGCAGGGUCACCCUUCUAGCCAAACCAACUUUGUGUUUCUCAUAAAUGGUUUGCCUUGAAGGUUGAAAUGGAAGUGUAAGAAAAGUUUGGUCCCCCAGGGUGGCUCGGGUAGGAAGGUGACCCUUCUUCCCAGACAAGUUUUCUCUACACAAAUGGGGCCCAAAUCUAUAAUUUGUAGGCUUCCAACAUGUAGGUAAAUGAGGAAUUUAUACUUAAAAAAAUAAAGGAUAGAGUAUGGAAUGAUAGGGUAGCAAUAAUCAGCUAAACUAGGAUAGACUGGUAUCAAGUCUAAGGGUGGUAGGGUCCCCCCCCCACCCCCUCUAGUUAUUGUCCCUAAUAGUAGGUGUCCAUAAUUAGUGUGGGAGUGUUUUUUUAUUCAUAGGUCUGUAAUUUAACCAGUUUUCAGCUGCUGUCCAUAGUACAGACUUAUUACACUGUCUGUUGUAAUGAGAUGUCUUUGUAUUCUUUUCAGGUUCUCCUUUACUCGCAUUAUAUAAUUAUGUAGAUUAUGGUGCAAACAUACAUGUAAUGUCCAGUGUUCGUUUCGCGCCUUGCAUUUUUUGUGCGGGUGUUGUAAGUUUAAUGUUUGUGCAUUGUUAAAUAUAAUAUAAGAGUUUUUAAAUAAUGAUAAAAUUAUCAAUCAUUUUUAGGAUGGUAUGGGCAAGCUAAGAAUAACUGAUCAAGGCUUAAAACUUUACCAUGGUGAAGCAGAGUUUGUGAAUGAAUUACGAGCAAAGUUGAUACGGCCCAGUCAGGUAUAUAAUUAUUCACUUCUUUGAUCUAGUAUAAGCAUGAAAUAAAAAUANUUGUUGUUGAAAGAACGAAGCAUGAUCUCUGUAAAGAAAACAUUAAAAACACUGGUCUGAUCAGCGCAAAAACGAUUGAUUUCUAGUUAAAUUUGCCCUGAAAAUUCACAUAAAAUUGGCCUUUUUUAUUGAUUGUUUUUCGGUGGAGUUUGUCGCAUAAAUUCACGCAAAAUUCCCCUGAAAACGGGAGGUUUUUUUUACAAAUUUGUCCCUAAAAAUCCCGCAAAAUUUGACUUUUUUUUCAAAGCUCUGUCUCAGCUGAAUCAUUGAAUUUUAACAGGCCAAAUACUAUAGCCCUUGUGCUUUCUCUGAUUGCCUAAAACAGAAUUCUAAAACUGUACAGUAAUUUUGCAUGCUCUGAUUGUCUCACCUUGGUUGAGUUGACCCAGCUCUGCAAGCCUACACUGUAAGUGUUUAUGUUACCGGUCAAAUGUUUUUAACCUAGGUUGAUUCUCAGUUUCCUUUGUCUGCUAGCCCUAUUGUUCAUGAAUUAGACAAAGGAAUGAACAAAGGAAUUGAGAAUCAACCAGUUAAAUCAAAAUUAACCUUAAAUCAAUUUAAUUUUUUGUGUAACAUUUAUAUUAAGAAGAGUUGGCCCAGCUGGGAGGUUGACCCUACAAUCACUGAAAGGUGACCUGGCUUCACAGUAAGCAGGGUCACCCUUCUAGCCAAACCAACUUUGUGUUUCUCAUAAAUGGUUUGCCUUGAAGGUUAAAAUGGAAGUGUAAGAAAAGUUUGGUCUCCCAGGGUAGCUCGGGUAGGAAGGUGACCCUUCUUCCCAGACAAGUUUUCUCUACACAAAUGGGGCCCAAAUCUAUCAUUUGUAGGCUUCCUACAUGUAGGUAAAUGAGGAAUUUAUACUUAAAAAAAUAAAGGAUAGAGUAUGGAAGGAUAGGGUAGCAAUAUUGAAUAAUCAGCUGAACUAGGAUAGACUGGUAUCAAGUCUAAGGGUGGUAGGGCCCCCCCCCAUCCCCUCUAGUUAUUGUCCCUAAUAGUAGCCUGUGUCCAUAAUUAGUGUGGGAGUGUUUUUUAUUCAUAGGUCUGUAAUUUAACCAGUUUUCAGCUGCUGUCCAUAGUACAGACUUAUUACACUGUCUGUUGUAAUGAGGUGUCUUUGUAUUCUUUUCAGGUUCUCCUUUACUAGCAUUAUAUAAUUAUGUAGAUUAUGGUGCAAACAUACAUGUAAUGUCCAGUGUUCGUUUCGCGCCUUGCAUUUUUUGUGGGGGUGUUGUAAGUUUAAUGUUCAUGCAUUGUUAAAUAUAAUAUAAGAGUUGUUAAAUAUAAUAUAAGAGUUUUUAAAUAAUGAUAAAAUUAUCAAUCAUUUUUAGGAUGGUAUGGGCAAGCUAAGAAUUACUGAUCAAGGCUUAAAACUUUACCAUGGUGAAGCAGAGUUUGUGAAUGAAUUACGAGCAAAGUUGAUACGGCCCAGUCAGGUAUAUAAUUAUUCACUUCUUUGAUCUAGUAUAAGCAUGAAAUAAAAAUAACAUAGUAACAUUAUUACUUAAUUCUGAAUAUUUUCCAUCAGCUUUCUGUACAUUCCAGGUUAUUUUCAGAAAAUUGAGUUUUCUCUUUGUCACAUUUUGAAUAAAAUCUGUUUAAGGUAUCAGCCACCCUUCAGAACCGUCCGCGCGCGGAUCAUUGUAGCGUUAGUUGUUUUUAUAAAAACCCCUAUAAACCAUAUAUUUUUUAAAAGCUUAAUAAUUCCAGACUAUGGAUUUGAACUAACAAAAACGAUUUACUUAAAUGUGUUUCAAAAUUGGAACACUUUGUGCAAAAGUACACGUCUGUAUAAAUCAUGUUCCACUCCCGCCGGAAAUAAACGGAAGAAAACAAUUAGCACCGCAUUCGCUUCUCAACACGUUCCACCAAAAAACCUUGUCUCAGAUUUUUGACAAGUGCGUUUGUUUUUCUUUUAUUGGCAAAUGAAGUUGGGGAAGGCAAUUAGUCAACACUCCCUGUGGAAAAAAAGCUCUGGCUUUGAAAUGAAAAGGAGUAUUGAAAUUCACAGACACGGUUUUGUAGAAGAGAUAUAUGGCAUCACUCUGGCAAAAUUUUAGCCAAAUUGAUUGAAAGGCUGCCGACUUGGAGUUCAAAACGUACGAGUCGAUCAGCAAAAUUUGCGUUCGGAGAUAAAAAAGAAAAUACAUUUUUGGCAGCAUCCUACCUGGAAUGAGAUAAUUUAUAACACCUAAAUGUUUAUUCUGAUUGAUAUCAGAGAGGGAUCAAUUUUCUCUAACAAUAGGACUUUGACAGGCAAGAUGUAACAGGAAAACUUCCACUCUCACACCACGAGAAGCACGGUUUAAUUCUUUCUCGAGCAAAAGUUUUGCCUCUCCUUCGAUCUUUUUUUGUAUGAUCCGCCCAGGCGUUUUUGUUGAUCGGCGCCAGGCCAAGGAAACUAAAAAACUUUGAAGCCGCCAAAUGUCCACCACCGAUUACUCGAAGGCCAAGAACUGAGGCCCGGUUUAUUUCAAACGCUCUGCUCUUCUCGGAGGAAUUAAGAACAGAAUUUGUCUUGUGCGACGGACAGCUUUCAUUCUCGCACUGGAUUCUCCAGGUAGAACCAAGUCCAUGCUUAGUCGCUACAUUUUCCAUGACUUGGACUCUUCCCUGGCAAAAUCGACAAGAUACAGACUCGUCCAGUUUCUCAAGCAGCCUUUCGGUCGAUACAAUAGCUCGACCGCUUAUUGUUUUCCACGUUCCAUCAGCAGAUGGGGUCGAUGAGCUUAACUGGCUUUCUUCAUCUGGCUCUUCAAGCUGGAUUUUGGAGCGGCUUGCACUCUCAGCAACUGCAGCAUUUUCGCUUUUCUGAAUAUCCAACUCCUCGAGCCACUUCUCUUGCUGAUAAAAUGAGCCUUUGUCGUUCUCUGCCAAUUUUGCGGCCCAUUCUUUGUCAAACUCGCUCUUCGAUUUCUUUUUCGCUCUCGGUUUCGAUGACGAAAACGGACAUGACCUUUUCUUUUUUUUGGCGGCAUUUUCACCGAAGCAAACGCUAAAUAUCCACGGAGAAUACUAAAGGCUAUAAACAACGCGAAGACAAUUUGCACGUGUUGUGUCGAAGCACACACUCGAUCACAGGCAAGUUAAUUGAUAUAUGACAUGGGUAUGACAGAUCUUGUCAAUGAUCAAUUAAGAUAAUUAAGGAGAAAAAAUCUUUUACCCCCGAUAUCUUUGGACAGAAAUAAUAUUUUCUUCUGAUUUUUUUUUUUAAAAGAAAGCUCUCAAGCAUAUCUAUUUGAAAACGUUGAAACCUUAAAUAUGGAAAAAUGGCAAUUUUAUGGGUGGCUGAUACCUUAAGUGGUACUUGUAGCUAUAACAACCGCUUCUCAAUCAGUUAUUUGAUUGGUUUGGUUGUUUACAUGGUAAUAAUAAUGCCAGCGCAAAUGAAUAGAUACAAUGUAUUUAUUGUGAUUGUUUUUUGUAAAGAACACAUUGAGUUGAUAAAUAAAGAAAUAAAAUAAUUUGAGAAAAGCCGAGUACAGGUGCAUGUAGUCAAACUUACAAAGCUAUGAAAGACUACAUGUAACAACAAAGAACAUGUUCCCAAAAAAACAAUUCCUUGCUUUGCUAGUUUCCUCAUACAGCAAGGUUAAUAGAUCUGUUGGAAUUUGCUUUGCACAUGGCUAAAUUAAUAUAAAAAUAUCUAAAAAAUAUCUAUAUUAUAGAUAUUUUUGUUAUUUACCAACUCCAUGAAGUUAAUGAUAUUUUAAUUUACUAUUUGCUUUCAGAAUUCUGAGUUAACACUUCAGUCAACAGCAAAUGUGACAGUAAAUGCUCGCUCCGAGUAUGGGAACAUCACUGGACAACUUUUUAUAGGAAAUGAUGAAGUCGUUGCCCGAAAUCAGAAACUCUACAUUAAAACUGAUCAAGGAAAAGAUAUCUUGUAUGCUGACAAAGAUAAAAUCCUCUUUGCUUCUGAUAAACUUGAAUUUUCAAGUAAGUGCUUGUAUUUUAUUUAUUCCAUUAAGGCUUCUUAAUUGUUAUGAAGGAACAUCAUUGCAGCUAUAUAGAUUACACAACUUUUGCAGUUACGAAAAGAAAGCCUGAAAAAAAUUAGGCUUGUACAAGCACAGCACCAGUAUCAGCGAGUUCAAGGGUUCGAAUCCCAUACAAGCCUGAAUUUUUUUCACAGCUGCAAAAGUUGCUUAUAUAACUGUGAUGACACAUAUUAUAAUUUUCAUGUGUAUUCAUAACUUCAUCAUCAUCCUUUCAUGGGUUUAUAAUGAAACCAAUUCAACAGCCUGCUCCCAGUUGGCUUGUUAGCUUUUCAUUGGUAGAGCACUGCACUGUUAUUGCAGAGGUCAAGGGUUCAAAUCCUGUACAAACCUUAAUUUUUUCAGGCUUUCUUUUCACAACUGCAAAAGUUGCUUUUAUAACUGCAAUGAUCUUCCUUGUUCAUAAUUCUUCACUCCGCAGUUCACAAUUAUUACUAGUAUUUCCUUGUUUCAGUCUUUAUUAUUUUUUAGUUUAUUUUUACUUUAAAAUGCAAAAUAGCCCUAGAUAGUAGUAUAUAUCCGUGAGGGUAACAAAUCCUCAGUUGCAUUGAUCCAAGCUCAUCUCCUUUGCACUUGUGAUUGGGUGUUUCCAAUGUGUUUGAUCUCCCAUCCACUGCCUCUUCUGUCUAUUAACCUUCUCCGCCCACAUCCUUGUCCUUGUAGAUAAUGAAGUUGCAGGGUUUUCAUUGUGAUUAGCAAUUCUAGUAGCAGGCGACAGGUGUAACAUUGUAGGAGAAUAUUUUGAAAGAGGCUCCACAUCUGAGUAAAAAUAGUCAUAGGCUUCUAUCUGAUAUGCAGAGAAUUCUGCAGAAUAAUUGGAGAAUUAUCCAAUCUCCAAUGCCUGAUGAACACCUUGAUUUGUUUACUCAUUUAGUGAGUGUGUUUUUUCAUCUUGUAGGUCCUAAUGGAGCACAUUUUAGUGGGUCUGUUGAAACCGAAUACUUGAGAGCCCCUCCAAGGAAGGACCUGAGGUUGGCAUCUCUGACUCGUUCUCUGUACAUAGAUGCCCCUGAGGGCAUGACAUUCAGAUCUGCCGGUGGUGAUGUUGGCAUUACAAGUUUUAAAGAUGUGACGAUAAAGUCCAUUGAUGGAAUGGUAAGAUACAAGCUUAAACCAUAGUAAUAAUAAUUGCUUACCAAAAAGG